AUGUUACCUCAUGCUCUGGAGAUCAUUUGCGAGAAAGUAAGCGAAGAAAUGGAUCAAGUACAGAAGUCUGAGAAGUUGCCUGGUCUGGAUGCGAUCACUCCAGAAUUUAUCAAGGCCUGGUCUGUGGCAGGGCACAAGGACCAAGCUCCAUAUCUAUCUCAAAUUCUUUUGGCAGCUGCUGAAAUGGCAUCAGCAAAGGAAAAGAACAAAAAGAAAUCCCCUAUCGCAACUUCCAACAUAAUCAUGAAGCAGUUGUGCUUCCAAUGCUCUCACAACUCCCUAGGGUUCCCCACACAAUUCGGUCUCUUUUUAUGGGCAACAGGCUGUGCACGACAGACUAUUGAAGCUCUCCAUUGGUGUGGGCUCUCAGUCAGCUAUACCUCAGUCUUGAACACCAUUGAAUUGCUUGCGAAUCACUGUCUUCAACUGGCUGUUGAUGUUGGGUCUGGAACUCACAUCUUUUGCUAUGAUAACGUUAACAUCAGUACCUCAAUCUUUGUGGAGCAACGUGGGGCUCUUGGCCCUGCGAAGGUUACAUCUGGGACAUUCGGCGUCAUUUACAAGGUCAGAAAUGGGAAGCCUGAGAAUAUGAUGCUCGCGCCCAUCAUGGAGCACCUAAAAAAGUCAAAGGGUCUUGACUUUAAUUGCGAUGUACAGCUGACUUGGCGACAGCUUGAGUUUGUUCAGUACCAACUCUCAAUUGUCAUUGUCCACGUCCUCACAAAGUACUCCAAACAUUUCAAAUCAUACGCCAAACAUCCUUCUCUCCAACACAAAGCCCAAUGUGCUAUGCCUGAAGGCUACAUAACAGAGCAAUACCCAAUCCAAGCAACGACUAUUGAAGAAGCAACAGUUCAAGGUAAUCUUCUGUUUCAUGAAGAUGUCUACCUCACGCAGCUCAAGCGCCAUCCUGACGACUUGUCAAAGUAUGUUUUCCAACUCGGAUUUGGGCUAUUUCAUCUUUGCCUUAAUUUGAUCUGGCUGCUCCUUCAUGUCCAUCGAGGAACUUUGGAACAGACAGGAAGCCUUGUAUUCUUUUUUGCUCUACUCGAGAAAACUCGUCUUGGAGGCGAACAUCCAGAUUACCAUUCGCUCCUAUCCAGUCUCACGCAAAUUCGUGAUGGCCUUUUGUUGAAUGCCUGGCACACUGAAUGUGGCAAUUUGAAGCAGUAUUCUGAAUCAAAGCCAUCACCAGAGGUAUUAUUAUCAGUUGCACAAGGAAUUCUCACAAAAUAUGCUACUGCUGUUCCAAAACCUGAUAUCAAAGAAAUGGACUCUUCUGAAGAAGAGGGAGAUAGUUAG